AUGCAAGGCAACAAUUACACUCAUGACUCAUUUUCACGCAUUUGUGGUAGUGACACAGUCUUCCUUUGUUCUCACUCUAAGAAUGAAACUUAUGAUCAUAUCAAUCCCAAACUACAAGGGAAAACAUACGGUAAGCUAUCUAUUGGGUUUAGGUUUGAUCCUACUGAUGAUAUUCUUGCGGGUUACUACCUAAGGAGAAUCUUAGCUCAAUCACUCCCUAAUGAUGUCAUUCAAGAAUAUGAUGUGUUUCAAACUCAGCCUUGGGGGCUGCCAGGAGGUGAGAAGCAUCUGAAUUGGCUGAAGUUUUUCUUCUACAAUAUUGGGGCUCGUGUGUUCGAAAACCCUGAUAAGAGAGUUGCUGGGAAUGGCCAAUGGAGAAUAAUGGAGAAAGAUGAAGAUUUUCAGCUCCCUACCAAACUGCAGUGGAUUGCCAAGAGAAACAUUUUGGUUUUCUGGGAAGCCAAAGGAAACCGUUUUACUGAAACAAAUUGGAUGAUGCAUGAGUUCCACCUUGCCCCAAAAUCAAAUCCAUCUCAGAUGACAGAUUGGGCUGUGUAUCGCAUAUUCAGCAAGGGGGCAAAAACACAAAAGAUUGCAAAAAAGUAUAGUGGGGAGACCUCGAAUAUAAACAAUGUUGGAAAAUCUGAGGAUGUCACACAAAGUCAUUGA